UUUUUCCCAUUUUUAUGCAUUGUUCGUUGUUUUGUAGAAGGGUGUUAAUAUUCACCGCACCUAAUUUUACUAUUCACCGCACCCAAAAAAUACUNAAAAGGUAUUCAUCCAAAUAUUGGACGUUCUUGGUCUUUAAGCCUAUAUCAUACUCUUUUUUAGUUUCUGAACGCCCAAACUUCAUUUGUUGCGUGAGCCCAAUACGAACUGCUACUAUCAAGCUCUUCAUGGGCUGACUUUGAAACCUUUUCAGUUAUCUCAUAAAAAAAACUCAUUUCUCCAGGCUCAAGCACUGGGCCCUGGAAGUAAGUGAUGCAAAAGAGAGAGCUAAACAAGCCGGGCGGAGCCUCCGGAGGUGGCGCCGCCACCCCCACCGCCAAGAGAGGCCGUCCUUUCGGAAGUGGAGGCAACAGCGCAUCAGCCGCUGCUGCCGCUGCCGCUUCAGGUGACUCCGCUGCCCCGUUUACCCUCCUCGGCCCCUCACUCCAGGUCCACUCUGCUUUCGCCGAGCAGAAUAGCAAAAGAAUUGUUUUGGCACUUCAAAGUGGCCUGAAGAGUGAGCUGACAUGGGCUCUGAAUGCUCUCACGUUGCUUUCCUUCAAAGAGAAAGAUGAUGUCCGUAAAGACGCAAUUCCUCUUGCUAAGAUCCCGGGCUUGCUAGACGCACUACUUCAAAUUAUAGAUGACUGGCGUGAUCUAUCCUUCCAGAAAGUCCUAAAAAAGACACAGACGGUUCGUGCAAAUGCUAGAGUUACUGGAUUUGGGAAUGAAUAUGAUACUGAUUCUGUUAUGUAUCCUAGUGUCGUAUCUGGUUUCUCAAAUAAAGAUGUGUCUCCACAGAAACUUACUCCUAAAGCUCGCCCUUCAUGUUGGUGGCUUGAGGAAGAUGGCCUCUUUAAUCUUGAUGAGGGAAGGGCAGAAAAGCAACAGUGUGCUGUUGCUGCUUCAAAUAUUAUUCGGAACUUUUCCUUCAUGCCUGAUAAUGAAGUUGCCAUGGGCCAAAAUCGUCAUUGUCUUGAGACUUUGUUCCAUUGCUUGGAAGGUUAUGCCACAGAGGACGAAGAACUUGUCACGAAUGCACUUGAGACGAUUAUGAACCUGGGCCCGUUGCUAGAACUUCGGAUAUUCAGCUCGUCAAAGACUUCUUUUGUGAAAAUGACAGAAAAACGAGCAGUUGAGACCCUUAUGAAAAUAUUGGGAUCCCCUGUCAAAGCAUGGCAUUGUGCAGCUGCAGAAUUAUUUGGCCGUAUGGUACUCAACCCUGAUAAUGAGCAGUUUCUCUCGCCAUAUUUACCACAGAUAUAUAAGCGAUUGGUUGAGAUGUUGAGCUUCCCAGUUGGUGAUGCUCAAUCAGCUGCCAUUGGUGCACUGUACAACCAUGCAGAAACUAGCACGGACUGCCGUCUGAAACUUGCCAACGAGAGAUGGGAUCGGCUUCUGAAGUUGAUCAAGACACCUCACCCAGUUCCCGAAAUCUGCCGCAAAACAACUCUAAUACUUGAGAAUCUUGUUUCUGAGCCACAGAACAAGCCUCUGCUGGCCGCCUAUGAAAAUGUAUUUGCAGAUUUGCUUUUCUCUGAGACGAGGUACACUGAUGCAUUUGCCCGGAUAUUGUACGAAUUGACUUCUCGACCAAACAGUAAAAUUGCACCAGCUCAUGGUAUUUGGGGUAUGUGAAAGUGAAUGGAGGAGCAAACAUAUCUGGUUAGAUUUUACCCUUUUGACCUAUUUUAGACUCUGCUGCCUGUAAUAUUUAUCGGCUUUUGCAUCUCCAAUCUUGCACGAAAAAUUACGAGACUUGUAGAUAAAUAUCACUCCCAUGCAAAUGGGAGCCUCAUCUUUUCUGAGCUUUGAAUGUGUGAAAUAUGUUAAUCUGUUCCUGCUUAAUUCACGUAGAUAGCAGCAAAUGGAAAUUCUACAUUUACGAGCAAUUCAGUUCAAUAACCUGCAGAGUAUCUGUUGAUUAAAAGAAAACCCCAUAACAUAAUGAUAC